UUAAGGAUCUCUAUCCACUUUACUGAUUUACUUGAACCUUUUUUUGUUUUUGUUUUGUGUGUUAUUAGAGGUUUCAUCAAUGAUAACUUCUACGCGGAAGCAUUCACACGGUCUAGAUGGUCUUCCUUAAGUUGGGGACCUAGACGGAUCAAGCAAGCAUUGUUUAAGAAAGGCGUAAGCAACGAAGAUUCAGAUGCGGCCAUAAAGCUUGUUUUUGAGAAAGACAACCAAUGCAAAGAAACAGAAGUUAGUCACGGGAUGUCCAAGGAAGCGAUGGAUCAGCUCUAUGUUCAGGCGUCAAAGCGGUGGCUCCAAGGCAGAGACUUGCCUGUAGAAAAUCGUAAAGCUAGAGUUAUACGGUGGCUUCAGUACAGGGGAUUCAACUGGGGUGUUGUCUCUCAGCUUAUCAAGAGGCUAGAAUCUCCACUGUCCUGAGUCUAAAGAUCAUUUUUUCUACAUCUUUAUGGUUUUGGUCCCUAGGUUUUUCUAGUUGUUUUGAAUUUCUUCCCAGUUUAUGUUCGAGUGAAGUUUAGCCCACAGUUUUUACAGUCAAUAAAUUCAUUUAUGUAA